UGUCGACAAUGCAGCUCCUCAUCCCCAUCUUAAAUUACAAAAUGUUGAGCUAGUCAUUUUUCCCCAAAUAUGACGUCUCACUGUCAACCUCUGGACCAAGGCAUAAUUCAACAAUUUAAAAAGCUCUAUC